AUGUUUCCCAGCACCGGCAACUCACUCUCCCGUCCGAAUGUGCCUUUCCCCACGGCUAGCACAAGCCAAGACUCCAUGGCCGGCAGCAGUCGUCCCAUUGCUAGCCCCCGGCAAGGAAGGCCGGCUCGCUGCUCCUCGUCGGCCCGGAUCCCCUCCCGGCUUGCCCAAUCCAUCGUGUUUGACCGCGACGGCCACGCGCAAGACGGCCCGAUGAGCGAUGCCCACCGCUCCGCUGCACCUCCGACCGCAACUCGCUACGGGAUCCCGAUGUUGGGCGCGCACGGCAGGAACGCGGACUCCUCGGACCGAGGCAUCCAAGUCUACGCCGAGACGGCUUCACCCCUCGCCCAGCCACCUUCCCCUCCCCAUUCUCCCGAGCUCCCCUCGCAGCCCCCCUCAACCCCCACCACCCCCUCCUUCUAUCUCUACUCCCGCCCCUUCCACCCCAACCCCCCUGGACCUCACAUACGUCCUCCCCCCGAGCUCUGCCUCUCUCCCCCCUCUUCCCCCUCUACCCCGCCCUCCUCUCCGGCCUCAUCCGACUCCGACUCCGAGGAGUCACCCGAAGAAUCUCCCUCCACCCCGUCCGACAUCCCGCCUUCCGCUCCCCGGUCUGCGGCAGCGCCUGUCGCCGGUCCCAGCCGCCUCUCUGCGGCACUGCCUCUAGCCAGAUACAGCCAUCGGUCCUACCCCCGGCUAGCACCCGACGAGGCCGAUGUGCCGGCAAUCUCCGACACCAAUCUUCGGUCGAGGGAAGGGUCCGUCGAUUCCACUUCCGCCCCCUCAACGCUGUUCCUUUCCCCGGCCUCAUCACCCGGGACAUCGACAUUCGACCCCCGAUCCAUCUUCCGGCGGGCUCAACCUGCCGCCAAACCCCGAGUCGCCCCGCGUGGGCUUCCAUCUGUCCGGGCAUUCGCGCCAGCCAACCGGACUCUCUCGGCACCGGCCGUCUCAUCCGCGGGGCCGUUCUCAGCCCGGAUAGCCGCUGCUGCUAACCGUCGAGUCCCUUCCCGUGGGCUUCCAUCUGAGCGGGACUUCGUGCCAGCCAACCCUCCUGCGCCCUCGGCCUCCUCACGGCCAUCUCAACCGGCCGACCCAUCCGCGGGGCCAGUCUCAUCCCAGGCGGAGCUUCCCGAAUCCCGACAGCCAGUGGAAGCUUCCGCUCUUUCGACUGGGGCUCAACCGGGGUCGGCAGGAGCAAGUUCGCCUUACGACUUCCUCUUGCAGCCUCUGGCCAACAGACCGGCUGCAACCUUCACCACCUCUGUGAGGGCUCCAUCGGCCUUGCCAGGACGGCGAUCCCGGCCUGCUCGGUUGAGUGUCCGUUUCGACUUGCCUCCUGGCUCGGGUCGAUCACCGGCUGGCUCGAGCCGAUUGCAGGCUACCUGGAAUCGAAUUCAGGCUAGCUCUCGUUCCCUACAAGCUCGCUCACGGCGAUCAUUCCCUCCGUCUCUUGGCCUGUCAGCGGUACCGACGACCUCAGCCGCGGCACCACCUCCUCGCCGCCACAUCUCCAUCCCUGAGUCGGCAUCGACAUCCCUCGCCGAGGUGCCGCAGCGUGCCCCCGACCUCCCCCCUCCGAUAUCUCCCAUGGUAUCCCCCAAUGCACCUCCUCGUUACUCGCUAGUGUCUCGCCAAGGGAGAACGUCACCGCGGGUGUUUCUGGCCUUGAGUCAGUCGGCAGCAAGGUCUUCGUCUUUGGUCCGUGCCGCUUCCCCCUCCCCCUCCCCACUUUCCUCACGUCAGUCGACAUCACGGUCUCUGCCUCCGGCUCGUGCGCCUUCCCCUUCCCCUUCUCCACCGCCCUCACCAUUGGCGCAUCGCUCUUCUUCAAUCUCACCGCCACCCACCAUCGCGCAUUCUCCGUCACUCUCGCCGCCAAUCUCUGUGGCUCCCUCUCUACCCGCUUCCCCGGCACGCACCGCGGUGCCUUCCCCACCAGUUUCCCCGGCACGCCCCCUUGCGCGCUCUCCAAGUGUUUCCCCGGCACGCACCGUCGGACCCUCUCCUCGGAAUUCUCCGGUACGCCCUGUUGUGCCUUCUCCUCGGGUUUCCCCGGCACGCACUGUCGUACCCGCUCAGUCGCCGGCUGCAAAUGUUGAGGAGACGUCAUCUCGGGAAAAUGCGGUCGAACCCGGCACCUCGGAUGCCCCGAGCCGUUCGGGCUAUCAAACCCGAUCGAAGCGAAGAAGAGACGCCGAAGCUGCACCGGCCCCUGCAGCCAAGCGUCUUGAGGCUGACCGCCCAGCACCGAAGGGGAAAGGAAAAGCCCCUAUGAAACGACAGCCGAACAAGCGAGCCGCUGUAGAUGAAGAGGCCCCCGAAGCGAGCACAAGUCGGCCCCGGAAGACCGCGAAGGCCAGCCCAAAGGCCAAGAAGGAGAAGGAAGCCGACCGCCCGCAAUCGAAGGUGAAGGGAAAGGCUCCGGCGAAACGGCCGACGAAGAAGAGCGCAGCCGUCGAUGGGCCUGCACCGCAAGCCAGCACAAGUCGGCCUGGGAAGCCCGCGGAAGCCAGCAGAAAGGUCAAGCGCGAAGAAGACGAUCCGGCCCGGCCAGUGUUGGUUCGUCGGAAGGUGGGCCGUCCGGCGGGCAAAGGCAAGCGCAAAGCCGCCACCAAGGAGGUUGAGGCCGAACCAAGCAGGCCGAGUGUCAGUCGAUCGGCGGACAGGACGGGAAGCGGGGAGGGGACCUCAACUACUUUGGGCUACUUCACCCGAUCUAAAAGAAAACGGGCCCUGUGA